ACAACACAGCCAUUCUUCUCAGCCCAGGGAAGCUUUUGCAAAACCGGAGAGGCAGAAGAGACUGUGGAGGGCGGGGGCGCCGAGCGAACCCCCUUUUCCCACAGAAGGCAGCCCAGAUCGCUAGUUGCCGGGCGGUCUUGCUGAGCUGUGAGGGCAGCGGAGGGAAAAUAAAAGGGAACGGCUCCGAUUCAGCCCCUGCGGCCGCUGCAAGACCUCGGCGCCGACAACGCGACAGCGAGCGCCCUGCACGCCUGGAAGGCCCCCUCUAUGUGCUGCUGAGCCGGUCCUGGACCCGACGAUCCCGCCCUCGGUCUUCGGAGCAGAAAUCGCUAAGACGGAAGGACUGGAAAUGGCAGACCAUAUGAUGGCCAUGAACCACGGGCGCUUCCCCGACGGCACCAACGGGCUGCACCACCACCCUGCCCACCGCAUGGGCAUGGGGCAGUUCCCGAGCCCCCAUCACCACCAGCAGCAGCAGCAGCCCCAGCACGCCUUCAACGCCCUGAUGGGCGAGCAUAUACACUACGGCGCGGGCAACAUGAAUACCACGAGCGGCAUCAGGCACGCGAUGGGGCCGGGGACUGUGAACGGAGGGCACCCCCCGAGUGCGCUGGCCCCCGCGGCUAGGUUUAACAACUCCCAGUUCAUGGGCCCCCCGGUGGCUAGCCAGGGAGGCUCCCUGCCGGCCAGCAUGCAGCUGCAGAAGCUCAACAACCAGUAUUUCAACCAUCACCCCUACCCCCACAACCACUACAUGCCGGAUUUGCACUCUGCUGCAGGCCACCAGAUGAACGGGACAAACCAGCACUUCCGAGAUUGCAACCCCAAACACAGCGGCGGCAGCAGCACCCCUGGCGCCUCCAGUGGCAGCAGCACCCCCGGCGCCUCCGGCGGCACCUCGGGCGGCGGCGCGGGCAGCAGCAAUAGCGGCGGCGGUAGCGGCGGCGGCAGCAGCAACAUGCCCGCCUCUGUGGCCCACGUCCCUGCUGCAAUGCUGCCGCCCAAUGUCAUAGACACUGAUUUCAUUGACGAGGAAGUGCUUAUGUCCUUAGUGAUAGAAAUGGGUUUGGACCGCAUCAAGGAGCUGCCUGAACUCUGGCUGGGGCAAAACGAGUUUGAUUUCAUGACGGACUUCGUGUGCAAACAGCAGCCCAGCAGAGUAAGCUGUUGACUCGAUCGAAAUCCCGGCGAAAGAAAUCAAACCCUCCAACUUCUUCGUUGUGAAUUAAAAAACAUUCCCUUAGACACAGUAUCUCACUUUUCAAAUCUUGAAAGGUUUGAGAACUUGGAAACAAAGUAAACUAUAAACUUGUACAAAUUGGUUUAAAAAAUUGCUGCCACUUUUUUUUUUUCCUGUUUUUGUUUCGUUUUUGUAGCCUUGACAUUCACCUCCCUUAUGUAGUUGAAAUAUCUAGCUAAUUUGGUCUUUUUUGUUGUUUGUUUUUACUCCUUAUUUCCUCACUUUCUCCAGUGCUCAACUGUUAGAUAUUAAUCUUGGCAAACUGCUUAAUCUUGUGGAUUUUGUAGAUGGUUUCAAAUGACUGAAUUGCAUUCAAAUUUAUGAGUGAAAGGAAAAAUUGCAUUAGUUGGUUGCAUGAACUUUGAAGGGCAGAUGCACAAACUCUGCCAUCUCGCUUCAUUUUUUUUAACUAUGCAUUUGAGUACAGACUAAUUUUUAAAAUAUGCUAAACUGGAAGAUUAAACAGCUGUGGGCCAAGCCGUUCUGGAUCAGGAAAAGUCAUACUGUUCACUUUCAAGUUGGCUGUCCCCCUCCCCCGUAUGUACAGACAAUAAUAGGGUGUGGAAUGUCGUCAGUGGCAAACAUUUCACAGAUUUUUAUUUUGUUUCUGUCUUCAACAUUUUGACACUGUGCUAAUAGUUAUAUUCAGUACAUGAAAAGAUACUACUGUGUUGAAAGCUUUUUAGGAAAUUUUGACAGUAUUUUUGUACAAAACAUUUUUUUGAAAAAAUACUUGUUAAUUUAUUCUAUUUUAAUUUGCCAAUGUCAAUAAAAAGUUAAGAAAUA